AUGGAUGAAGGUACUGUUGAACAGAUAAUCUGCUGGGAGUGCUCUAACAUCAACUCAAUUGCUUCUGCUAUUUCCACCCCUUGGAAUGCCAGCUCGCACAGUGGAGACACCGCUGAUGUAUGGAUCACCUACAAUGCUUCUACCAAGAAUUUGAGUGUCUCUUGGAAGUACCAAACAACCUCUAAUACUUCGGAGAAUACCAGUCUUUUUUAUGAAAUUGAUCUCAGGGAAAUUCUUGCCGAGUGGGUCACUGUUGGAUUUUCAGCCACUACAUCUGACGUUGGAGAGCUAGUUAAAAUUCAAUCGUGGGAAUUCAGUUCAAGUUUAGACAUUAAGGAAAAAAAUGGAAAUAAUGCAAAAAAGAAGAGAUUAGUGGUUGGUUUAACAGUUUCGGGUGGUGUUCUGAUAGCCGGGGCAAUUACAACGUUUGUAAUAUUGUGGACGUGGAAGGGAAAUAAGGGAACUGCAGACACAGUGAACUUAAUAUCGAUAAACGACGACCUAGAAAGAGGAGCGGGACCAAGAAGGUUCUCUUAUAACGAGCUUGCAUUAGCCACCUACAACUUCUCAAAUGAGAGGAAAUUGGGUGAAGGAGGGUUCGGCGCCGUUUACAAGGGGUAUUUAACUGAUUUAGACAUUCCAAUAGCUGUGAAGAAAAUCUCAAGCGGGUCUAAACAGGGGAAGAAAGAAUACAUCACUGAAGUGAAGAUCAUUAGCCGGCUGAGGCACCGGAAUCUUGUGCAACUCAUAGGAUGGUGUCAUGACAGAGGUGAGUUCCUACUUGUCUACGAGUUUAUGCCAAAUGGUAGCCUUGAUGCUCACCUCUUUGGGAAGAGGAGUCCUCUUCCUUGGGUAGUGAGAUACAAGAUAUCUCUUGGAUUGGCCUCCGCGUUGCUCUAUCUUCAUGAAGAGUGGGAGCAAUGUGUGGUGCACCGGGAUAUCAAAUCCAGCAAUGUCAUGCUAGACUCUAGUUUCGCUGUCAAGCUUGGUGACUUUGGAUUGGCUCGACUUACGGAUCACGAGCUAGAUCCCCAAACAACCGGGUUGGCCGGAACUUUAGGAUACAUGGCUCCAGAAUGCAUGGGCACAGGUAGGACUAGUAAAGAGUCGGACGUGUACAGCUUUGGGGUGGUUGCCUUAGAAAUUGCUACUGGAAGAAGGUCAGGUUAUCCCAUGGAAGAGGAUUCUGACGUAGGCUUGGUCCAGUGGGUUUGGAAUCAGUAUGGGAGAGGAGAUCUUCUUUUGGCAGUGGAUGGGAAGCUGCAAAAUGAUCUUGACGAAAAACAGGUCGAGUGCUUGAUUAUUGUUGGACUUUGGUGUGCUCACCCUGAUCGAAGUCUCAGGCCCUCCAUUAGGCAAGCAAUUCAAGUUCUUAAUUUUGAUGCAACCACACCAAAUCUUCCAACACAGAUGCCUGCUCCCAUGUAUCAUGUACCGAUAGCAUCAGUCGGCACCAGUGAACCUUUGAUCACUACCAGCCUUCAAGAGGUGGGUCGUUGAAUUAACUUUUAAAAACUGUUUAUAUUGUCUAUUAAUUAAUUGUCUGUUUAUCUGUGGGAUUCGUUAAGUUCUAUGCAUAUAUGCAUCACACUCCUUGAAAAUGUGUUAUACAACUUCUCAUUUCCAAUACAAUAUCUUCAAAUGCUGAAUGAGAAAGACGCUCGAUAUGCCUUACUGCAUAACGGUCUCCUCGGACUGAAGAGAAGUUGCUUUCUAAGAUUAGAUGGGAAGUGAAAGCCCGGUUGCUCUCUAAGGUGUCUCAAAAGUAGGCUCGUUCCUCUGUUCUGGUCCUCUGUUUUCUUGUUUUUUUUUUUUUUUUUUUUUUUUUUUUUUUUUUUUUUUUCUGCUGGUUGCUAUGUGAUUCUGAGUGUUGUUUGAGUGUUAGGUUCUGUUGAGAACCGUGAUUCCAGUUUCUGGAGUGUGUAGAAGUUGAGUUUGAUCAAUAAAGAUUUUAUUCACC